UCGUGUACACUGCAUGCACUACUAGUGUAGUACUAAUUGCUGUUUGGCAACAUUUCGUUUGUUUGAAAAUAUCCGGAUGGACGGUCGUGCUGCAGCGGAAGACAGUUUAUGUAUGUUUAUGUAUGUUUAUGGAAUGGAAGUGCAUCGAGGUACACUUCGACUCGAAGUUCGAGGCUUUGCAUUAGUCAUGUAUUGUUAGAUGAUUAAACUACGACAAUAAUGCCGUCAGACCACAGGUGUGUGUUUUGCAACAACGGAAGAAACAGGGACAGAUGGAUCAUAAUGCCACAUGUGCUUGACCUUCAAUUCCAUUCUCCCAAAUCUGAAGAAUUCACGAAAUGGGAGAAAAAAAUUGACAUCAAGAAUUUCAAGGUGACAAAGCACACAAAGAUCUGCAGUAACCAUUUCAAAUUUGCAAAGCCACUUGAAAAUUCUGCUGUCCCUUCGCAAUAUUUGAGGGGUUACCCUAGCUGGGCAGUGUCUAGGAAAUGUGCGGCCAAGGAAGCAGCAGCUGUGGAAGAUGGACUCAUCUCCAACAUCUUAGUUCACAUCAGCAAGUACUUGGACCCUGUUACUAUUGCUAAUCUAGGCAAGCAGUUUGGAGUACAGGGUGAACAACUGAACCAGACGCUGCUGCAAUUGCCUUGGCCCACAGCAAGAUAUUUAGUUUCCAAACUUGCACCCAUUGUGCCUGGUGGUAAAUGCCUUGAAGCCUUGUACAUUUAUAGAUAUGGUGGUCUGCUUGAUCUUCCAGCAAAUGAGCAACUUCAAACGAGUUCAACUAUUAUCACCAAACAGCCAACCAUUACUUCAAGAACAGAAGACACACAAGAUUGUACCCCCUAUUCUAUCGGUGACUUUCAUAAUUACACCAAGACUGUUCCAGGUGUACCGUCAGUACCAACUGUUCACUUUGGAUGCAAAGGUCAUGACAAAGACUGUACACAUAAAGUAUACAAGAACUGUCAAAGGAAUAAAAAGGGCAAAAAGAUGUUAUGUGGCAAUGCAAAUUGUAAAGAACUAACAGUACAGCUCAAAAAACACAUACAAAAAGUAGAAAACCUUCAAGAAAACUUGGCAGCUGAGGCUUUACGAAGCAAACAAUUAACAAAAGAGAACAAGUCACUUGAAAAGAAAUCACAAGAAAUGAAGAGACUUGUAGACGGGCCUAAAGUAUCCAUUGAAUCUAUAAAGGACUCGGAUGAACUUAUCCAUCUCCACACUGGCUUAGCGUCGUAUAAGGUAUUUGAGUGGGUCUUUAAGGAAGUUGAACCAGCAGCAAAAACCAUGACCUACUGGCAUGGCAGUGAUUCAGCAACACCAAAGAAGUUUCUACAGGCAAAUCAAAGUAGACCUGGACCAGCAAGACUUCUGUCUCAACCAAAUGAACUCCUCCUGACUUUGAUGAAGUUGCGGCACAACAUGACUGAGGAUUAUUUGGCAUUUCUGUUUAACAUUUCACAACCUUCUGUGUCAUCCAUACUAUCCACAUGGAUUCCAUUUCUGGGUCAUGAGCUUUGUGGUUUAAUUUAUUGGCCAGAGAAAGAAGAGGUCCCACUAUGCUAUCCAAGAUGGAAAGGUGUCAGAGCUAUACUUGACUGUUUUGAAGUAGCAACUCAAAAACCAUCUCAUGUAGAGGCAAAUACUCAAGUGUUCUCAGCCUAUAAAAACCGCCAAACCACUAAAUUUCUAUUUGCAUGUACUCCAGGGGGCUCAGUGUCCUUCCUGUCACCCCCAGCUGGUGGAAAUAUGUCUGAUAAAGAGCUUGUUCUAAAAAGUGAAAUUCUCGAUAAGUUCUCUCCUGGUGACAAGUGUAUGGUUGAUAAAGGGUUUAAGAUAAAGGGUGAAUUGCUAGAGCAUGGUGUAGAGCUCAUUAUUCCACCAUUUGUAAAUAAAGGGCAACCCUUUACUGAGAAGAAUGUUCUCAAAAAGGAAAUCACACAUGCUCGAAUUCAUGUAGAGCGUGUGAUUGGUAGAGUACGUGAGUAUAGAUAUCUAGCAGGUCCAGUGCCUGUAAAUCAGCUUGAUUUAAUUGGACCUGCAGCAACUGUGUGCUGUGCUCUUACCAAUCUCAAACCCUCUAUUAAAGGUUAAAUAUAGGAUAGUUAAAAUUACAAGGGGUCAAUCUGUCGUCUGAAUAGGGAGGGAAUAGUGAAGACCGUGCAUAUAUUUCAGCAUGUCAACACAUUUUCUCUUGCUGUCAGAUGUAUAUUAACCUAUUCAUUUGGCAGGUACUUGUAGUUUCAACUUGUUUUUCUCUACAACUUAGAGAGUGCUUCUACAAGCAGAUCUUUAAUGUAUUUUAAUGGCGGGGGGGGGGGUCUCGAACAAAUUUAUUGUGUGGGGUCCAGGGGCGAAGCCCCGGUGGGGGUCCAGGGGCAACUGGAGCUCUGAGCUUUCUGGCGUUUUGGGGGUGAAAAAUUAGCCUCCUUAUGCAUUAAUUUAGAAGAAAAACUUACUUUUUAAGCACUUCUGAUUCAUAUAAUUAAUGUAUCGUUUAUAAUUACGAACUGCAAAAAAUCAGUCAAUAAUUCAGCAUAGGUUUUUUAUUUAAAACAGGGUUGCAAUCCGUCUUUAAAGGUGGGGGGGGACACAUAACAUUUACGGCGUGGGGUCCGGGGCCCGCUUUAGGGCCCCGGGAAUUUGUUUAGCCUGUAGAUGCUGUCUGGUGUAAUCUAGUGAAUCUGAAGGGUGAUGUUCCCCCCUCUCAGAUGUUGGAAUUUAAUGCCUAUUUCAAGCUAUGAUGCACCUAUUCUUGAUAUCAUGGUUAUUGUACCUAAAAAGCAACUAAAUCAUAGCUUCGUUAUUUCCAUAUUGAAAGUGAAUAAACCACUGGUUAAAAGA